UCGAAGAAGAAGACGAAGAAGAAGAAGAAGAAGGAAAAGAGAGCAAAAAGUUAGGUCCUAAUUAUCCCUCCACUUUGGCAGAAGCUGUUGUUGAGCCAUGGCUGAAGAAGCUACAAACGUAGUUCAUCUGCUUAAAGGCCAGAAGGCAGCGCUGAUAGAGAUUCUCAGAGCGGACGCAGAUUUUGUUGUGCAGUCUGCACAUUCCCUUUAUCUGGUGUCAGAUCAGGGCUACGAGAAGAUUAAAUCGUGUCGAGUUCCUAGUGAAAAGGUGCAAGAGCUUUUGGAUCAUGUUAUCAUGAGCGGCCCCAAAGCAGCACAAGGAGGACAACUCUUCCUUCAUGAAGCCUUCAAAAUUAUUGUGGAGGAAGUGCUCUGCAAAGGCACGGAUGUCAAGGAGAAGGUGUGUGAAUGGAGGGAGCCAGAGGAGCUGGCCCGGCUGCUGGAUCUGGAGCUGAGAGAGAAGGGAGAGCCACAGGAAAACCUCCUGCAGAGAGUACGAGAUGUCGCCAAGUACAGCAUUAAGACAAGUCACCCACGUUUCUUCAAUCAGCAGUUUGCUGGCGUUGACUAUCACUCUUUGGCUGGACGUUUCCUCUCCGAGGCUCUCAACACUAAUCUCUUCACUUAUGAAGUGGCACCAGUCUUUGUGCUAAUGGAGGCUGAGGUGCUCAGAGGGCUUCGUGAGCUGGUGGGCUGGACAGAAGGUGACGGCCUUUUCUGCCCUGGAGGCUCCACCUCCAACAUGUACGCCAUGAACCUUGCACGCUACAGACUCUACCCAGAGGUCAAAAGCCGGGGCCUGUGGAGUCUCCCGCAACUCACCAUCUUUACAUCCCCUGAGAGCCAUUACUCUGUGAAAAAGGGGGCUGCAUUUAUGGGUUUUGGGAUGGACAAUGUCAUCUUGGUAAAAGUGGAUGAUGGAGGUCGCAUGAUCCCAGAAGACCUGGAUGAAAAAAUAGAGCUUUCAAAAUCUCAGGGCGCAGCUCCAUUCCUUGUGAGCUGCACAUCGGGCACUACGGUACAGGGGGCCUUUGAUCCACUGCAUCGCAUAGCCGAUAUUUGUGACAAACACAAGCUGUGGCUGCAUGUUGACGCUGCCUGGGGAGGAAGCGUGCUGUUUUCCAAAAAACACAGGCAUCUGAUGAAAGGAGUUCACAGGGCAAACUCAGUAGCCUGGAAUCCACACAAGAUGCUGGUCGCUGGCCUGCAAUGUUCUGUUCUGCUGCUUAAGGAUACAACGGACUUACUGAAGAAGUGCCACUGUGCAAAUGCAACAUAUCUGUUCCAGCAAGACAAAUUUUAUGAUGUGAAUCUGGAUGUUGGGGAUAAAUCUGUGCAGUGCAGCCGCAAGGUGGACUGUCUGAAGCUGUGGGUGAUGUGGAAAGCAGUCGGCUCAGCUGGGCUAGAACAGCGUGUAGACAAAGCUUUUCUCCAUGCAAGGUAUGUGGUGGAUCAAAUGAAGAAAAGAGAGGGGUUCCAACUUUUGAGGGAACCGGAGUUUGUGAAUGUGUGCUUUUGGUUCAUCCCGCCAAGUCUGAGAGGGAAGGAAAAAAAUGCAGACUACCAGAACAGGCUGGCAAAGGUUGCUCCAGUAAUCAAGGAACGUAUGAUGAAACAAGGCACCAUGAUGGUCGGCUACCAACCUCUUGGAGACAGGGUCAACUUUUUCCGCAUCACCAUAUUGUCACCACUGGUUUCCCAAAAAGACAUGGACUUCUUCCUUGAUGAAAUUGAAAGACUGGGAAAUGAUUUAUGACAAAAAAUAAUUGUUAUCACAAAUUAAGUGAUGAUUAAGUGUACUGUACGAGUAUAGCGGUACAACACAACACUGGUACACAACAUACGUGGAUAAAUAAAUAAAUAAAUAAAUACACCGUUACCCA